ACCAAAACUGCACCUGUUAGACUACCACACCUUUCCUUACAACGUCAACAGACCAUAUAUUUACUGGCCCAAAUUUUGUCUUGUCAGUCUGAAAACUUUGAACGAAAACGCAUCACAUAGAGAACUGCAGAGACUACAGAGGUGCACAGACUAUCAUAAGGAAUAUUGUUCGCUAUUCAUGGUUAUGACUUUGAAGAGCGGGAGAAGCAGUUUUUUUCUUUCUAAGCAGGAUGGAAAAAGGAAAAUUUUAUUCACCCUGUUGUGUUUGUGGUGUGCUAUUCAUUCUACAACUAGAGUUGGUGCUUCAUCAACGGAGUCGACAACUUCAGGAUAUACAGCUUCAGAAACCACAACUCUACUUCCCACUUCAACCUCAGCAACAUCAGCUCCAACCUCAUCUGAUUCUUCAGGUACAACAAUGGCUAUAACUACAGAACAACUUGCUUCAACAACCAUGCCUACAUCUUCAGAAACGACAACUGCAGCAGAAACAACAAAUUCUGCAUCCACAACCACAACUGAACCUUCCACUGCUACAGCUGUACCAACAACGUCACUUGAACUCACAACAACGGAACUCACUACAACUUUAUCUACAAUAACGAGCGAUCCAACAACAUCAACAGCUGUAACUUCUGAAUCCACAACUCUUACUUCAACAACAAUUCCUACAACUUCAGAGACUACAACAGCAGAAACCACGACUACAGCCUCAUCAACAACAUCUACAACAACGACUGAUCCAAUAACAUCAACAGCUGUAACUUCUGAAUCCACAACUUUUACUUCAACAACAGUGCCUACAACUUCAGAGAGUACAACAGCAGAAACCACGACUACAGCCUCAUCAACCACAUCUACAACAACGACUGAUCCAAUAACAUCAACAGCUGUAACUUCUGAAUCCACAACUUUUACUUCAACAACAGUGCCUACAACUUCAGAGACUACAACAGCAGAAACCACGACUACAGCCUCAUCAACCACAUUUACAACAACGAGCGAUCCAACAACAUCAACAGCUGUAACUUCUGAAUCCACAACUUUUACUUCAACAAAAGUGCCUACAACUUCAGAGAGUACAACAACAGCCUCAUUAACCACAUCUACAAUAACGAGCGAUCCAACAACAUCAACAGCUGUAACUUCUGAAUCCACAACUCUUACUUCAACAACAAUUCCUACAACUUCAGAGACUACAACAGCAGAAACCACGACUACAGCCUCAUCAACAACAUCUACAACAACGACUGAUCCAAUAACAUCAACAGCUGUAACUUCUGAAUCCACAACUUUUACUUCAACAACAGUGCCUACAACUUCAGAGAGUACAUCAGCAGAAACCACGACUACAGCCUCAUCAACCACAUCUACAACAACGACUAAUCCAAUAACAUCAACAGCUGUAACUUCUGAAUCCACAACUUUUACUUCAACAACAGUGCCUACAACUUCAGAGAGUACAACAGCGAAACCACGACUACAGCCUCAUCAACCACAUUUACAACAACGAGCGAUCCAACAACAUCAACAGCUGUAACUUCUGAAUCCACAACUUUUACUUCAACAAAAGUGCCUACAACUUCAGAGAGUACAACAGUGGAAACCACGACAACAGCCUCAUUAACCACAUCUACAAUAACGAGCGAUCCAACCACAUCAACAGCUGUAACUUCUGAAUCCACAACUCUUACUUCAACAACAAUUCCUACAAUUUCAGAGACUACAACAGCAGAAACCACGACUACAGCCUCAUUAACAACAUCUACAACAACGACUGAUCCAAUAACAUCAACAGCUGUAACUUCUGAAUCCACAACUCUUACUUCAA